GUUUUAUUUUCUGAAGUGGAACGUUCAGUAAAGUCAGCAACAUUUCAAAAGUUUCCCAAACCGAUUCUCUCUUCAGUUCAAAGUCGUCUUUUUUUGAUCACAUUUGUAUUUUUGGUUUUAUAUCCUGAGCCAUUUUAACAAUAAACGCAGGGGAAAUGACUGCGUCCACUUCAGAUGGACAGGACUUUAUUUUGAAGACCUCCUCCAGUAACUUCCGGCGAUAGUUACGGAUGUGUAAACGUUAACCACGAAGAAGCCGAACCCUCCGUGAACAGCCUCCGAUGCCGGUGUGUCCUUUGAGUUUUGCUUCGUUGUCUGUUUGUCACCCACACAACGAAGAACUGGUUUAAAGUGGUUUAUUUUUAGCCACAUUUACCGACCGGAAGAACCGCAGCAGCUCCGUCUCCCAGCAGAUUUAGGAGCUUUGAGAGUUUCCCACGUAACUGUAGGUAGAUGACGUCAGAAGAUGAAAAGCUCGUACGGGCGGAGCACUUGGAGCGUCAAGCGGUUCGUAUCCCACCGCUGCUGUCAUCCGAACUGAACCAGGAUCAUGGAAUAAACAUGGCUAACAACAGAAGCCUGUUCUUCGAAGCCCUAAACAGAUCAGAGAGCAGGAGAGAUGGAGGCUACAAAAACAGCUGGAGCUUUUCUCUGUCCACUGAUAGUGAGGAGCAGAGGAGACACGAUGGGAGUGUGGUGAACAUGGAGGAGAUGGACAGACCACAGGUGGCCUCAGCAGAGGAGAAGAAGUCUCCUGCUCUCAGACAUUUAUCCUCCUCUGACCCACUGAGAACCUAUGGAAACAGGUCAAAUAUUCCCAUGAGGCCACAGAACAGAGUGGGAACAAAAAAGAGCAGUGACUUCUCUCUCACCAGAGCGACCUCGUCUCCGCCGCCGAGCAGAACAAACUAUUUGAUCCUGAACCCGGCACCGUCCCAGGGUGUAGUUUUACAGGGCCGUCACUUCCAGCAUGCACAGCUGCCUUCUGUCCAGGGGAAACCAGUGCAAAGCACAGAGCAGCCUGAGGAGGUGGACAGGAUCGCCCUCACCUGUCCAGAGAGUCCAGAGGACGGAUCUCUGAGUAUCCGACGUCGUGUUCAGCAGAAGAAGAGACCUGUGGGCGACUGCUGCCCCCUGGCUUCACAGCUCAGAGCUGCUGAGCCCCCUGGUUCCACAAACUUCUCCGCUGUGUGUCUGAAGUGCAACAGGUCGAGUGGCGACAGAGGCGAGUGUCAGAUCUGUGGGCCCAGUGCGUCAGCUGUAGCCGCAGUGCUGCCUCCCUGCCAGCAGGCUACACUGUCGUCCCCGACCCCCCGACCUCCAAUCAGGUCUCAGACGUCGAUGACUCCGAACAACCUGCUGCAGCAGAACUUCUACGCCCCGGCCGCCACCGCGAAGGUGACCCGCAGCGAGGUGCUGCCUUUGCGCGUCUCCAACACCAGGGGGAGCGCGCUGCCUCUCAACAACAGUAGGACUCCUCUUUUAGCCGGAACGUCGGGCUGCUGCGGAGCCAGGAAGCCCACCAAUGGGAAGAGGACAACAUCCACCCAACAGCACGAGCUCAACGACCCCAUCGUCCUGUCCAGUGACGAGGAGGAGGAGGAGGCAGACAACGCCAGCACAGGAAGUGUCAACAGAUUGGACAGUGUCUCCCCUCGACCGGCCGACUCAGCCCACUCCUCGCCAGCGCCCUCUGGAGGCAGGGUGGAGGCAGCAGUGAAGAGCGUGGGCGAGCAGGAGGAGGUCAACAUGGAGUUCUUUGAAGACGUGAACAUGAAGGUUAUGAUUCCACGUCGGGCUCGGAUGAAGGACCAGUUUGGAAAUCAACCGGCCGAGCAGUUUCCUCCCAGAGCCAAGAAGUCCAAAUGUACGUCGGAAAAGUGCGACAGCAUCAUACUGGAAUGUCGGAGUGUCCGUGUGGGGACGCUGCGCAGGAUGGUGACCAAGCCUGUGGUGUUUUCCAUCAAGCAGAUCCAGCUGGAGACUGAAGUGCCUGGACCUCAGCCCAGCACCAUGGAGGUUUGUCUGUGGGCGUCGGAGCUGACCAGCUGUGAGUGGUGCAGCGUGAGGAAACUUCCGGUCCUCUUCUUCCAGACCACUCCCCUGGAGUGUGUACGUCUGCGCACGCAGCUGAGCAUGAGCCCAGAGCAGGAAGGUCACUGGUACGACUGCAGCGGAGGACAGUCGGACGAGAAGUACAUCGUGUUGAUCUUUGAGAACGGCCUGACGCUGAAGGAACACAUGAUCCUGGAGGAGAUCCUGGCUGAGAUCGGCCGGACCAACCGCCUGGAAAACUUUCCCACCAAGUUGACGUUCGACGAGGCUAACGCCCGUCUGGUCAACUACAACAAGGCCAGCAGGCAGAAGGAGGACAAGGUGAUGACCUCACUGAUGACCUCGCCGAUGACCUCGGCUUCUCCUCACACUAACUGUAUCUGUCGCCCUCUGCAGGCCAAACCAGGACAAACAUCCUCCAAAGUCAUCCCAGCCUGUAAGGUGACCCUGAUGUCCAACAGCGUCCCAGGACGAACACGGAUGUCCACCCGUCAACACACCAGCACCUUCUUCAGUGAUGAGGACGAGGACAUGACUGACCUGCAGCCCACCUUCUCUGGACCAAUCAUCAAGCUGAUGGUUUAUCCUCCCCCUCCCUCCAAAGGUGGGAUCUCGGUCACCAACGAAGACCUGCACUGCCUUAACGAGGGCGAGUUCCUCAACGACGUCAUCAUCGACUUUUAUUUAAAAUAUUUAGUCUUAGAAAAGUUGAAGAAGGAAGAAGCUCAGAGGAUUCACAUCUUCAGCUCCUUCUUCUACAAACGACUGAACCAGAGGGAGAGGAGGAACCUCCCAGACACCAGCAACCUGCCGAUCCAGAAACGGAAGCACAACAGGGUGAAGACGUGGACUCGACACGUGGAUCUGUUCCAGAAGGAUUUUAUUUUUGUUCCCAUCAAUGAGUCAGCUCACUGGUACCUGGCCGUCAUCUGUUUCCCGGGUCUGGAUGGUCCUGACCUCCCCUGUGACCCCCGCCUCCCCCCCGACCAUCCAACAGCAGACGAACACAUCCCUGAUCACUGUCGCCCCCUGUCGCCGGACAGAGACGGCCUGGACGGCGGCUCGGAGCAGGCGUCUCCGGGCGGCCCCGAGGCUCAGACGGAGGUCCAGUUUGGGAGCGUCCAAUCAGAGCUGGAGCAGCAGUUCAGCAGUGAGUGUCCACUGAUGAGGGUGGAGACAUGCCAGACUGAAGGGCCUCAAGGUCCUCAAGGUUCUCAAGGUGACUUCUACAGGAUCAGUGUCUGUUAUGGAGCCAGUAAAGAUGAGGAGGAAACCUUCACCUUCUCUGACCACAGCUCCUCUCAGGAUGAGCUCAGUGAGGAUGGGACUCUAACAGACGACCCUGUCACUGCCGGCAGCUCCACCUCAGCUGCUAAAGCCGCCAUCUGCAAACAACCUUGUAUCCUCAUCAUGGACUCACUGAGAGGCCCCGCCCGCUCCACUGUGGUCAAAACACUCAGAGAGUACCUGGAGGUGGAGUGGGCGGUGCGUAAAGGCACAGAGCGCUCCUUCGGGAAGGAGGUGAUGAAAGGUUCAAGUCCUCGUGUUCCUCAGCAGGACAACUUCAGCGACUGUGGAGUUUACGUCCUGCAGUACGUGGAGAGCUUCUUCCAGAACCCCAUCAGGAACUUCCAGCUGCCUCUGAACCUGGGCGACUGGUUUCCUCAGCAGAGAAUGAGGAGGAAGCGUGAGGAGAUCAGGGAGCUGAUCCUGGAGAUCCAGACUCAGCAGGAGCAGCAGCAGGAGCUCCAGGGAGAGGAGGGGCCCAGGGCGGGGCCUGUGCAGACCCCGCCCACAUUCCCACAGGAACCAGACCUUGAAGAAACACCUGACGUGACGACGAGUCAGACGCCUAGUUUAGCUGUUGGGCCCUGAGUUGGCCCCGCCCACAGACUCCGCCCACUGAGAGACUGAAUGAAAGAGGAAGUGGAAAGUGUAGUGAGACCUGGACCAACUGUUAACUUAUCUCUGUCCUCCUGUCCUUGUCUCACCUCCUCCUCCUCCUCCUCAGAAGAAGAAGAAGAAGAAGAAGAAACAGUAAACACACCUUUUUUUGUUUUUUUUGUUUUUUUUUUAUUCACCAAACAGGUGAAAUGCGCCACCUCCUGGUCAGUCCUUCAGGUUCUCCUCUGUGUUGACCUUUGGUUUCUCAUCUUGGUGUGUGUUUUAUUUAUGAAUAAAGGCACAGUUCAGUUUUUCUAAAGUCUGUUUCUGUCGCCUUUAAUCACCAGACAACAGAACCAACAGAACCAACAGAACCUUCUGGAGAAGCUCACACAAAAUACUUGGUUAAAUUAAGGUUCAAAUCAAGUUGAUAUUACCAACAACACAGUUAGCACUGUAGCUAACAGUUAGCACUGUAGCUGAUGAACUUGUUUUAUUUAUUGUGUUGUAUUUUUUUCACACCGUGAUACUGUGGAUGGUGCUCUUGCCUAACAGAAAGGUCAAUGGUUCGAUCCCCAGCUCCGUUCUCGUUUCUUUGUUAUUGUUUGUCUUCUUUUCUUCAAUGAUUUAUUGUUAUUUUUACUGUUAAUAAAUUUUAAAUUCUGUUUCA